UCAAGGUCACCGUCCUUAUCAGCAUCCUCGGCAUCACCGUGUAAGGUGCUGAGUUUAAGCAAGCUAGUGUCCCCUAAGUACUGAUCUAGUAAUAUACCUUGGGAGCAUGAGGUAAUACCAUAACUCCAUUAGUUCUGAGUGAUACGUGGUGUGAGAUGAGUGAGUGGUGGAGUUGGCGAGUGAGGUAUCUGUCUUCCGAGAAGGUCGAGUCAUCCAGGAUUGCAUGGACCUUGUGCGCCUUCUCAUAGCUCUCGCCCUCUUGAGAUAUCUUUCUCUUCGUCACUGCAUCCGGCUUCCUUUCGUCCUGGUUGAGCCUGGCUUACCUCUGAACGACGUUAUAGCCAUUAUACGGAUUGGGCGAAGCGAGAAGCUCAUAGCUGGUACUUCACGACCACAGCAAUUGCCUUAUUAUUGCGGCGACGAGCGCGGUUGGAAGUCUCGAUCAAAUGAACUCUUCGCCGACAACGUUCAUCAUGAUCAAGACACAAUUGCAAUCGUUUCCGGCGAGAACGCAACAUUGAAGAACGAAAUGAGGUCGAGGAGAAAACUCAUGCGCAAAAUCACUGCGAGCGCGACGAAACAGGUCAGCACCACGAUGUGAAAAGCUUAUUCUCAAAUAAACCGCUCGUGGCAAGCCCCUCAACUAUCUGCCCGCCAUUGGCGUAUUCGGCAUACUGAGGUCGAGCUAUUAAUGGUGACGUUAGC